GUUGCGCUUUCCGUCUCGCGAUAUCUGUCAGUGGCUGUUUUUGCUUGGCCGCUGCCGUCAUUCUUUGUACGCGUCGCAAGUUACCGUAAAAGAAAAGUAUAGCUUCCUUGUACGAAUCAACCGCAGAUUGGUUCACUUUUUUUCCUCGACGUCCGGGUUAGUGUUCCGGCAAAAUUCCCCCGCACUCUGUAUGCACUGGGAAAGUGGUCCCCGUUGAACAGCGGACGCGAACGGUUCUGAUUAAUGAUGGCCCCUGGGGCAUUCGAUGUGACGGAGUGUUGCAGGAUUUGCUUGAAGAAUGCCUCUAGCGGGGCGGCGGUACGGAUCGAUCUGCACCAGGAGAAGACGGUGGCGGAGAUUGUCGAAGAGUUGUACGGCAUCUACAUCAAGGAUUCCCACCGGGGUUCGAGCUUUAUUUGCGUGCCCUGCUACCGGAAUGUCGCCAAUCUGAAGGCCAAUCUCGAUAGGCACAACACGAAAUCAAGGCUCGUAAAGAUAAACCAAUCGCUGAUGGAAGCGCAGGAUGAUGCCUUCCUGGAAGAAUCCGAUGACGACGAUAUCUAUUGCGAUUCAAAGCCGGGAUACCGUCGACCAGCUUCCUCUCCGGUAGACAUGCUACUCAAUUUGAAAGACUGCAUGCAGAGCAAACGGUUCCGAGAAGCGCUAACCGACCGCUACGAGCUAGGUCAUCUGCUGCUGUCGGGGCCAAUCUGUCAGAAGGGUGCCGACAGUUUGGACCAGUGGCAUCCUGUUCAACUGUACUGCCACAAGUGUCGCUGCAAAUUUGACUGUCGAGCCACGUUUGACGAGCACAUCAUCUCAUGUAAGUUUAAGUGCAUAUUCUGUUCGCGAACCUACACGCACGAGGAAACGUUACAGCUUCAUUCGUGCCCUAAGAGGGAUAACUAUAAGAAGUCGAAGAAACGCAGGGCGAAAGUUCAUCGUUUCAAUAAUUCGAUUAAGUUGAACGCCGUUGUUACGCCGUCUCCUGCGAAGGAGCAGCCACCCGCCAAUGCAGCUGCAUGCGUUGAGGAGAAGGACAAGGAAGAACAAACAAAUGUGAUCACAAUUCCAGAACUAUUGCCUCCUCCUGUGAAAGCCCCAACCAUUGAGGGAGAAGCUAAUCUAGACGCUGAAUUGACAAAUCUUUUAGAAAGAUGGUACGGGCAAGGAGAAGAGAUUGAGGAACUAAGCCAUCUUAGUGUGGGAACUAUUGAUGCGCCUCUCGAAAAUGGUGUUUUUACAAACUCUGAACUCUACAGUCGUAUUAUUGACUCUAAUUAUCAAAAUAAUGCGAGUGCGCCAAAGCCGGCUAUUUCCGUUCGACCCAUGAGUCAGUUGAUUGAAACACCAGUGGAACAGAGCCUACCUUCCAAUGUUCCGGAUUUAGCGCCUAUCUCCAAUAUAAAUACCCAGAUACCACUUCCGAUGGACGUAAUAGAGAUCGAUGAUGAUGAUGAUGGACACGCCGCAUUACCGGUGGGACCUUCAACAAGCGUUCCGGUAACUGAUAAACCGGAGCAGACUUUGAGUGAAAAGGAUAUCCUUAACAUUGUUAAACAUUUCCGAGGUAUUGACGAGAAUGAAUCAUAUCUCGUAAAAGCUAAAAUAAAUGGAGCGCAGAAGCUGAUUUGCAUCAGCAAACGGAAAAACGAAGGAGGUACGCAAGGUUCUGUUGUGACGUCUGUUGGGCAAAACAGUAACUCAGCUCUUCAAUCAGGCAAUAGAAAUCCUCAACAAAUUAUAAUAUCGCCUGCAGUUAAGCAACCCUCAAACGUACAUAAUGCCAACACGAUAGUGCAGCCUGCCGCCCCAAAACCUUCUUUGACUGUUAAAAACCUAUCAGUAAUCAAUGGGUCCUCAACGGUCUCUGUUACGGAUAGUUCUGCGGGUCCGCAGCUGAAAAUUGCACACGUACAAUCUUUAGUUGCGGAUCCGAGUACAUCGCAAAAUACAACUGCGACACACCCACAAAGGCUCCUAAACGGGGUUACUCAGUCGAUCACAACGGUUGCUACCAAACCCAACCUAGCAGUUCGGAAAAUGCCGACCGCGACGUUCACCGUCAAAGCUGGUCAGCCAAAAACUAGCGCUGCAAAUAAGCCAGCUCCGCAAAGGAUAAUCGUAGGUAGCAGCUCACUGAAAUUCGCCAAUGCCGCUGGUGGGGCAGCUACUCGUUAUGUACCCAUUGCCCCGAAACAGGCAGGAGUAAGCCCACCCCGACUCAUCGUACAGAGGAAGCAGGUUCAAACCAUCAUCCAGUCGUCGACGGUAACGCGCACUAAGGUAGCUGGGAACGUGGAGUCCACUAUAACAAGCAGCAGCAGCACAACUACCGAUAUUAACAAUUCCAUGCUGAGAUCACAGCUGCUUCAGCAACCGCCGAAGACGUAUCCAAGCGUUAGCGGUGUCGCGCAGAAUGGGAAUCGAAACAUCGCUUGCAAAUCGACUACCCUAGGUGGAGCGUUAGCUGGCCUGACCGGCCCGAACAAACAGUUCAAGCUGAAUAACACAACUAUCAAACGAAUGAAUUAAUCUCGCGCGAGCCAACAACCAACUGAAUAAGAUUCACAGGUAUUUUAGUGGUUAAAUACUAAGCAACAUUCUACAUUUAUGUAUUGUAGAAUUGCACCUUAUUUGCUGAAAUGGUUAGAACUUUGAGCACGUCGUCCUUUCGACAGAAACAUUCGGAAAAUGGUGUGCAAUUGUAUAAUAGGUCUACGAAUUGGAAAAUAUUAUCGCACUAGCGUUUAAGUGUA